UAAUAUAAUUGUUAUAUUCUUAUUUCCAGGUGUUUACCCAUAUAACAAGGCAAUGUACGUCCUCCAACCAGCUGCCAAUCCUGGCUAUAAUCCUUCACACAGAGACAACUAUAGGAGUCCAUACAGGAAAGAUACACCGUCAGAAGAAGAUGUCCAAUGUCAGCUAUGUCUGAAAACAUUCGCCACCAGGCCAGGAUUGCUGAUUCAUAUGAACAUCCAUACUGGCGAGAAGCCAUAUAAAUGUAAUAUUUGCGGGAAAGCUUAUAAUGCUCCUGGCAAUCUUACAAGACACAGGAAAAAGGACCAUUAAUGAAUGAAGCAGAUAAAUGACUGAUUUGAUACUUGAAAUAUAUAUUUUCUUCAGAUAUUUUUGCGCAUUUUAAAAUGUUUGAAAUGUGCCUAUUGGCUGUGAUUUUAUAGCAAUUAAUUGGCACAUUUAAUGUAUAUAUAUUCUCAUUUUCAUGUGAUACAGGGGUUCAUUUUUGGUACAAACACAACUUAUGAUCUAAGGAAAAGACUACCUUUUGGCGAAUAAGUAUUUGCGACCAAAUUGUUAGUUACAACAAUUCCAAAAUGGACCCCAGAAUCUGUAGUAUUAUUCCACACGGAGGUGAGCUUCCUCAGGAAUUCUUUUCUUUAUUUUCUUUAUUUAACUGGAAUCAUUGGAUAACUUAAUUAUUUGAUAUUUUGGGUUAAACAGAAAAUUUUAAUAAUUUUUUAGAAGAUAUACAUUAAAAUGACAUGAAUCAUUAAGCUAGCAUUGGCAAAUUCAACUGCUAGCUGUCGGC